AUGGCACCUCCACCACCACUACCACUGCCGAAGACGACGAUAACCACCGGAACGAGGAGUCUGAUGGCAGAGAGGCUGGUGCUCGCGCAGUCUCCCGUAGUUCCCCAAUACACCACCGACACUGCUCCUCUGAUCCUUCAAGAUGUUCAAACCGUCGUGGAGAACCAUGAUUUCCAGAGCAUUGUCGAGAGUGGAAGCGGUAGAUCGAGCAUCGUGGAUUAUUUAGACACCUACGACAUCCCAAAGAAAACCGUGAAAGAAUAUUCAGAAGAGACGAAAGAGGAAUCAUUCAAAGAGGAAAAGGAGAAGGAGACGUACGCGGUGGACGAGAGGAAAUCGAUCGAAACAGAGAAGAAAGAGGUCGUACAAACAGCGAGUUCGAGCACCGUGGACAACGACAACGAGAAAAUCAAACACGAAGAACCCACGACGAAAAACCAAGCAACCACAACAGGUACCAUCGAUGGACGGAACGAGAACGCGCCAGUCGGUGAGUGGAAUUCAUUGCCGCAACUGGUCGAGCGUCUACGCGCGGCUCUCGAACGUUCCCUAGGAGGAGGUCGUCGCGAGGACGAGCCGCCGACACUUCCGGAGGACUCUGGCGUCGACUCCGAGGAGGACUUCCGCAUUCGUACCUCGAUGGGACAAGCCCUUGGCAGCUGCAAGGAGCCAGAGUUGAAAAAAGACUUGAAGUUCCUCGAGGAUUUGCUGUUGUCCGACAUACAGACUGCUCUGUCGCGUCUCCGAGAGACGUUAGAGAAGAUCGACGUGAACGCUUUGGCAAGACACGGUGCAGCUUCCGAUCCUACGAGUAAAUUGCAGUUAUUAAGACUGGUGUCCAGUUUAUUAUCCAGGCUACAGAUGCCUGAAGAGACCAAGGAGAAGGUUCCACUGCUACCGUCGACGUCCCUCAGCAGAAGACGAAGAUUAACCAGGCAUACCAUUGGCGUUUCUGCGGAGGAAUUGGCGAAAGCUAGAAAGUGGCUGGAAGAAGAGAGGAACAGCUUGCCUUUGAAGGAGGUUUCGACUGUCGCGAAGGAGCAGAAGGAACAGGCUACUGUGUCUACGGUUAGUAUAGUCGAGAGGAAGCCUGAGGAAAUCCGCGACAAGUGCACGAAAGACGCGAUAAAUCAGAGACAGUUGUUGGAGGAUAAGAACAAGGAGAUUUUUAUUCGGGAGAAUAGUUGUGCGUUUCGUGGGAUUCAACAGGCGGAUGCAGGCGAUACCAAGGCUGUGGGAGAGUUGAAUAUGUACCAGGCUCAGUACAGAGCUAACAACAAUUACCAAGAGAGAGAGAAUAACGAGAGUAUCGUUGAGGAUAGCGAGGAGAGGAGUCGUGUGAGCAAAUUGGCGGCCAUUCUUCGACAGCGAGCUGAAUUAGCUUCUGGUGAGAAAUACGGGCACGGCAAUAAAUUCAUCGCGAAGAAAUCAAAGAUAAAACGAGCAAAUACCAUUGAUAUUCCCAGUUACCUGAAGCUCCAAGCUGAGACCCUUGGACGCGAAGGUACAGGUUGCGUGUCUUUGAGGAAACCGAUCAGUGUUGGAGACAAGUCGUUUAACUGUGCGAACGUCACAGUGCCUACGUUUCAACCUAAAACGGAGAACGAUCGAAAAUUCUUGGCAUUGAUCAAUAAAAAUAACGAAACACCGUCGGUCGCACCGGUGGUCCCUUUCAAGACUUUUGGACGCACUAUGGACAUGUCAUCGUUAACCAACGAGAAUUGGAACAGUAAAUUUUCCAAUAUCAAAACAACAUUCGACAAACCGACGAUGAGUGAAGAGAAAGAUAAUAAGCCUUCUUUAAAGUCUCGGGCGAACAAAAUGUUCCCCGGGCCAGUCCAGACCCAAGGUUAUUCCAAUUCUAAUCCAAACUAUACCGCAGCAAAUCCCCAAACGAAGAUGGAGUCCACGACAGGUUUCAGGCACGCUCCAUCGUCUCCUUUCCGUAAAAUAGAAAAAUCUUCUCCAGGAUCGCCAUCCAAGGUUCCACCAUCUUAUCACUGGCCAAAGAAUGCCCCAGUGCCAACAAAUACGCUGAAAGAGAAAGCAAGAAUGAUGUUCGAUAAGGAAACAACGCAACAAUCCGCGAAAUCUUUCAGAGCCAACUUCGAGAAGCCUGGCUUUCCCCGUCCGCCGUGGAUAGAACACGAGAGAAGCGAGAACAGAGCCAACAACACGGUCACGGAGAACGGUAAAAUAGACUAUAAAUCUUUUUGUAAGCAGUUUGCCCCAUUUGUUGGAAAAACUUCUUCCAUAGAAUCGAGGAAACUGGACGAGCAACGUCAACGAGAGCUGGUUCAACGAGACAGAGUUGCUGGAGUGGUGGAUGGAAAGAUCACCUUCAAAGUGGUUCCAGACAAACGUGUUCAGACUCAACAGUAUCCUCCUAUGGAGCGUCGAGAAUCGAAAGAGAAGUUCGAAACGAUAAAAGCUGAGAAAGGCGAGAAUAAUUUUGCUGACACCACGUUGAGAGGUAGCUCUUCCGUGGCUGUGCAAACUGGAAUUAACGAGGAACAUCAGGACGAAGGGAGAUCCUUCAGGGUAGCACCUAGAAUCGCUAAGGGUUCGAAUUUGAUUUGUAGCAACGCUGCUGUGCAAACUUCUAAUGAAUUGGAUAAACCAACGAUAUCAGUGAACGACGUAGAAAGUGGAAAACAGUGGAAACCUUUGUAUGGUGAACAAUCGGACUCUGAUCAAACAUCUGAGGAUCGUCAAAGGUUCGUUUUGGAUCAUAAUCAAAAUUAUCACACUGUGCCCACUGAUUCUGAGUUCAGUAAUCCUGUAGUAGUUACCGACUAUCCUGUGGUAGAUCAGACUGCGAACGGUGAACAAGAUUUCAGAGAGACUGUGCCUUUUCAGGGAACGCAGAAUUAUCAGCAACAAUUGUCUGAAAAUCCUGUAAAGAGCUAUGAGCCUGAAACUAACCAAGAAUACUCUUCUCCUCUCGUUUCCCCUGUUUUGCCCAAUUGCAAUCAGUGUGACGAGGUGUCAGAUACACAGGAACAAAGAGAAGACGUUCAGAAAACACCAGACUGGUCCAUAGAAAGCUCAAGUUUCCCAGACGAUCAGAAUAUUCAAAAUCAGGACAUCAGUCCAGAGAUUGGAGUGGUUACAAGGUAUACGUGUGCCAUAGCGACAGUUGCAUCGUCGACAGAUAGUCCCGAGCCUCGAUCAGAGGAAGUGGCGAUGGAUUCAAGGACGUCUUCGUCUCCCUCGCCUUCACAAUUUUCUUGGUCCAGGUCUAGACCACCCACCAACGAGACCAUUGCUUCGGAGGAUGAAAUUCGUCGGCAUAAUUUGUUGCAACAGAGCUUGGUUCGACGUCUACAAAAUGAAAUCACUUCCUUGAACGAUUCGCCGCAUCAAUCUUCUAAUUUCGGACCGUACCUGACCGUUAAUCAAGCUCAAUCUAAGUCAUCGAGUCAAUCUCCUAGCUCGUUUCAUCAACAACAGAGUUACGGCCAAACAAAUACUGAAUUGAGUCAUCAGCAACAGAGUUACAAUCAACCAAGUAUUAUACCGAGUCAUCAACAAAGUUAUAAUCAAUCAGAUACUGUGCCAGAUCAUCAGCAACAAAGUUACAAUCAAUCAAACAUUGUAUCAAGCCAUCAACAACAGAGUUAUAAUCAAGCAAGUAUUAUUUCAGGUUACCAACAACAGACAAGCAAACCAUUAGGUCAUCAGCAACCUGUAAAUCCAACUCAAAAUGUUCACCACUUAAAACCAAAUUUCAAUCACAGCAUCCAUCAACAACAAAGUUAUAAUCGACCAGUAAAUUUUGAUCGGCCACCGGGUUUCCAAGGACCAAGUCGAUUUGCCAAAUACCUAGCACCAGUUCCUCAAAAGAAGGUAGAACCAUCUCGAGCAGAUUCACAUUCACCAGGUCCAGUGACCGUGAAUCGAGUAGUUGCGUUAAGAGAGGCCUACGAACAGGCGCCUAACUCUCAAACGAAACCAAUUCACAAGGAACGUUCGCCAAUUCCAAACGAAACAGCGACCAUCGACUCCAGCGACGAAUACUUAGCCUCCUGCGCGAAUAAACACUCGAGAUCCAUAGUGCUCUCGAAAUCAGAAUCCUGGCAUCAGUUGGCUCUCUCCAAUCGUUAUCCCAGGCCAUCAAAAAUUAAUACGCCGGCGUCAGCGUCUUCGUUUAGCCAACAUUUACCAUCUACACAUCCUAAACCACCUAAACCAAGGUCUCCGUCUUCGCAGAAAUUAAGGUCCAAACAAUUCGAAGCGUCUUCAAUGGCGGAUAGCGUGAAAAAGAUGGAGGAUAAGAUUAGACAGUAUUUCGAUCAACCUGGCGAGCAUCUAGAAACGAAAGAUCCGUUGAGACAUAGGAGAUCCCCAAGAUUCUCGUCUAAAGGAAUGAUUGGACUGUCUCGUAGUCGCACUAUGCCUGGUCUAACUGAUGAGAAAUUAACUCUUUUGAUACCUGCCCCUCAGCAAGUGCCAUUGUUAAACGUGAACACCGCGGAUGUUGACAAGGUGUUCGACGAUUUGUUCGAGGAAGCCACGAGGACGGAUAAACAGUAA